AUGUCGUUAGCUGAUGAACUUUUGGCUGAUCUUGAAGGAGCAGAGACAUCUGAGGAAUUAAUUGCUGACUCAAGUCUUCAUGAACUAGAAGAUGUUACUUUAUCAAGUGUAAACAAGUUGGAUGAUUUUCUGUCAGAUGGAACCAGUUCGGGAGUUAAAAGUGCAUUUAAAGCAACUUCAUUUGCUGAUGCUCCAAUCAGUGCUUAUGCAAAAUUGAGAAAUAGUGAUAAGCUAACCAAAGUCAUGUCAGAUCUUGAUUAUUUUGCUAAUCAAAAGAAAAGUGAUCGAAUACAUGGGCCUGUUGAAGCUGAUCCCGAAUAUCAGUGUAUUGUUGAAGCUAACAAUCUUAUGGUGGAAAUAGAUAAUGAAAUCAAUAUCAUUCACAAAUAUGUCAGAGAUAUAUAUUCAAUGCGGUUUCCUGAGCUCGAGUCCUUGGUGCCAGGUCUUCUUGAUUACUUGAAGAUUGUACUAGUGCUAGGUAAUGAUAUUCUUGAAAGAUCUAAACAAACUGAUCUGUUGGCAUCGUUUUUAACACCAGCAACAAUUAUGGUUGUCUCAGUGACUGCAUCAACUACACAAGGCUCUGUAUUAACACAAAGUCAAUUAUCACGAAUUGUUGAUGCUUGUACAAUGGCGAUUGAAUUACAAGAAAUGCGUGUUACAAUGUUAGCCUAUGUAGAAUCACGAAUGUCUUUCAUUGCUCCGAAUACAAGUAUUCUAGUCGGAGCAUCAACAGCUGCUAAACUAAUGGGUCAUGCUGGUGGGCUAACUGCUCUAACAAAAAUGCCAUCGUGUAAUAUACUUGUCUUAGGUGCACAGAAACGUUUAUUAUCUGGUUUCAGUAAUACAUCAGUUCUACCGCAUACAGGAUAUGUAUUCAAUUCAGAGAUUGUACAAAAAUUACCACCAGAUUUACGUUUAAAAGCUGCUCGACUAAUUGCUAAUAAAGUGGCAUUGGCUGCACGUGUAGAUUUAUUCCAUGAAUCUCCUGAUGGACAUGUUGGAGAAAAACUUCUAUUAGAAAUUGAGCGAAAAUUUGAUAAAUGGCAAGAACCACCUCCAGUGAAAGCGAUUAAAGCUUUACCAGCUCCAAUAGAUCCACCGGCUAAAAAACGUGGUGGUAGACGUUAUAGAAAAAUGAAGGAACGUUUAGGCAUGAGUGAACUACGACGAUCAGCGAAUCGUAUUCAAUUUGGAGAGAUUACUGAUGAUGCUUAUCAAAGUGAUCUGGGAUUUUCAUUAGGUUCACUUGGUCAACGUGGUGUUGCUGGUCGUUUACGUGCACCACAAGCAGAUUCAAAGACUAAAGCUCGUGUGAGUAAAGCAUUACAACAGAAAUUAUCAAAAUUUGGUGGUAUGUCUACUAUGCCGACUACUGCAUUAGGCGCUACAAGUUGGGGUGGGAGUUCUACUAUUCGUAAACAUGUGGCUGGCACAUCCUCUUCAAUUGCAUUCACUCCCUUACAAGGAUUAGAAAUUGUCAAUCCACAAGCUGCAGAGAAACCAAUGGAAAUUGGGAAUAAGUAUUUCAGUAGCACAUGUGGUUUCAAAAAAAUUGAAGCAAAGAUGAAAAUUGAUGAUUCCAUGACAAAUGGAGUAAAAUAA